UUCACUCGGCAGCGGAGCCGGGCGUAGGGGGCGAGCGCGGGGCGCGCGGGCGGGAAACGAGGAGGCAGGCGGGCGGGCCAGAGAGAAGCGCGGAGAGAAAAGGCGCGAGCGGCCGAGAGGGCACAGGCCGAGACACCUUGCUGCUGCCGCCGAGCUGCCCCCUGUGCUUGCUGAUCCAGCUCUGGGACCACUGCCAUGUCGAGCCGGGGCGGGAAGAAGAAGUCUACCAAAACCUCGCGGUCCGCCAAGGCGGGAGUCAUAUUCCCUGUGGGGCGGAUGCUGCGGUACAUUAAGAAAGGCCACCCCAAGUACAGGAUUGGAGUGGGGGCACCUGUGUACAUGGCUGCUGUGCUGGAGUAUCUGACAGCGGAGAUUCUGGAGCUGGCUGGCAACGCAGCAAGAGACAACAAGAAAGGGCGGGUUACGCCUCGGCACAUCCUGCUGGCGGUGGCCAAUGAUGAAGAGCUAAAUCAGCUGCUAAAAGGAGUCACCAUAGCCAGUGGGGGGGUGUUACCAAACAUCCACCCUGAAUUGCUAGCGAAGAAGCGAGGAUCCAAAGGAAAAUUGGAAGCCAUCAUUACACCACCCCCUGCCAAGAAGGCCAAGUCUCCAUCCCAGAAGAAGCCUGCAUCUAAGAAAGCAGGAGGCAAGAAAGGGGCCCGGAAAUCCAAGAAGAAACAGGGAGAAGUCAGCAAGGCAGCCAGCGCCGACAGCACCACCGAGGGCACGCCUGCUGAUGGCUUCACUGUCCUCUCCACAAAGAGCCUCUUCCUCGGCCAGAAGCUGAACCUUAUUCACAGUGAAAUCAGUAAUUUAGCCGGCUUUGAGGUGGAGGCCAUAAUCAAUCCUACCAAUGCUGACAUUGACCUUAAAGAUGACCUAGGAAACACGCUGGAGAAGAAAGGUGGCAAGGAGUUUGUGGAGGCUGUUCUGGAACUCCGGAAAAAGAAUGGGCCCUUGGAAGUAGCUGGAGCCGCCGUCAGUACCGGCCAUGGCCUGCCCGCCAAGUUUGUGAUCCACUGUAACAGUCCAGUCUGGGGUGUGGACAAGUGUGAGGAACUUCUGGAAAAGACGGUGAAGAACUGCUUGGCCCUGGCAGAUGAUAAGAAGCUGAAAUCCAUUGCAUUUCCAUCCAUUGGCAGUGGCAGGAACGGCUUCCCAAAGCAGACAGCGGCCCAGCUGAUCCUGAAGGCCAUCUCCAGUUACUUUGUGUCAACAAUGUCCUCUUCAAUCAAAACGGUGUAUUUCGUGCUUUUUGACAGCGAGAGUAUAGGCAUCUACGUGCAGGAAAUGGCCAAGCUGGAUGCCAACUAGGCUGAGGAGCUGCAGCACCGGUCCACACCGUGUCCCCCGCCUCCAAUUUGCAAGAAA